AAAUCCUCUCUGGUGGAUAUCCCAGUGCUGCAGUUCAGUUUUGCUUUCAUUCAGAGACUCCCUGUCCCAGCCCUGCAGGAGAACUUCCAGCCCUUGUUAGGGCUCCUCAGAGAGUCUGUGCAGCUGAACUUGGCUCCUCCUGGCCACUUCCUUCUCCUCAGCAUCCUGAAUGACUUUGUGACAAGGACACCCACCCUGGAGAACAAAAAGGACCAGAAAGACCUGCAGGAGGUGACCCAAAAGAUCCUGGAGGCUGUGGGGACCAUUGCUGGUUCUUCCCUGGAACAGACCAGUUGGCUGAGCAGGAAUUUGGAAGUGAAAGCUCAGCCUCAGAUUUUACCAGAUGAAUUCAACAUGGAGGAUGUCAAUGAUACAUCAGUGGUACCAUCUUCAAUGGUUUCUGCCUCUGCUCCUUCAAUCUACAGUGUCCAAGCCCUUUCUCUCCUGGCAGAG